AUUCUAUGAAAAUGUCGUGCCGAUUACGGGACCGUAAAGAAUGGGACGUGCGGGCUUCUUUUCUAGCCCGAAAUACAUUUAAUCCUAUAAGAGAUAUGAUCGAAACUCUUCGGAUUAAACCGAAUCCAGAUAUACCGUACAUCGCCCUCUCUGUAGGCGACCCGACGGCUUUCGGCAAUCUCCAACCUCCAGAGAACAUCAUAGACACCGUCUGUGAGAUGGCCAGGCUAAAUGAAUCUCGAAACUAUGGGCCUACUAUUGGCCACUGGGAGGCCAGACAGGCGGUAGCAGAGUACAGCGCUCACCAAGGUCCUGUGACAGCAGACGACGUGAUCCUCUGCAGUGGUUGUUCGCACGCCAUUGAUAUAACCCUCAGUGUCAUCGCUGAUGCUGGGCAGAAUGUCCUCAUUCCACGACCUGGCUACUUGAUACACAAAACUCUUGGCGAAGGAUUAGGAAUUGUUAUUAAGUACUACGAUUUAUUGCCCAAUGAGGACUGGCAAGUGGAUUUAGUAAGUCUCGAGAGCCAAAUAGAUGAAAAUACAGCUGCUAUCAUCGUAAACAAUCCAUCCAACCCGUGCGGUUCAGUGUAUACCAAGAAACAUUUAAAAGACAUUAUCGAGGUGGCAUUGAGAAAUCGCGUGCCGAUAAUUGCGGACGAAAUUUACGAACACUUCGUUUUCUCCAAACAUGAAUUCAAUUCAUUAUCGUCUCUUUCUAAGGAUGUCCCAGUUAUAACAUGCAGUGGAGUCACGAAAAGAUUUCUUGUUCCUGGCUGGAGACUCGGUUGGAUAAUCAUUCACGACCGCAACAAUAUUCUGGGCAAAGAAGUUCGCAAGGGUUUGUUUAGUAUGUCAACGCGGAUUUUGGGUCCAAGUACGUUGUUGCAGAGAGCUCUUCCGAGAAUUCUGAAGGAAACUCCUCAGAGUUUCUUUGAUGACACAAUGAGGUUUAUUGAGAGUCAAGCACACUUGGCUUACCAGGAGCUGCAGAAGACCCCGGCUUUACGUCCGAUCAUGCCUCAAGGGUCCAUGUACAUGAUGAUUCAAAUCAAAAUGUCUUUAUUCCCUAAAUUCGAGAAUGAACUUCAAUUCAUAUCUCAACUGUGCAACGAACAGUCCAUUCUAUGUAUACCUGGAAAGUGUUUCAAUUACCCCAACUACAUGCGAAUCGUGUUGACUGUACCUGAAGACAUUUUAAGAGAAGCAUGCCAUCGAAUCACGAAAUUCUGCGAACAACAUAUGAUGAAGGAUAAAUUAAAGAUGUCAGAUAAUGACGUUGUUUCCAUCGUAAACGGAAAAUCGUCACAGGUGUCUUCAAAACAGCAAAUGUUGAAGAAUAUAUCUUAAUUUUGAUUCAAAUUUAUAAU